CGGAUCAAUAGGUAAAUAGUACGUUCUCUCGGUGUCAAUUUGACAACAUCGAUUUGGACUCCAAGCUUUCCCUUGCGUGACGCAAAUAGACAGGGAUCAGCGCUAAACGAGGCCACGCAUUGUCUGCCCUCCCUUGGUUGCGAGCGAGCAACGUGAUUGGCCCAGGCCUCGGAAUGAGUGCCCGGUGAUCCAAAUGUACAGGCCGCAUUUACCUUAGUGUCGAAAAAUAAACCCAAACAAUAACAGACAAAACCAAGAAAGAAGAAAUAACGACGAUACAUUUGAAGGAGUCCAUAAUCAGUAUUGCACAACGUUGCGUUUGUGGAAUUUCCCCCCAGAUGUCGGCAUCAGCCGCAAAACGUCUGCACGGCGCCAAACAAGCUUGCUUAGCUAACUAGUGUUCUCUCCCCCGAUGGAAGGAAGAAACACCAGCAACACCCUGUUCUUAUUUUAGAGAGCAUUGGCAUCAAAUGUGAAGCCUUUUUUUAAGAUCAAAGAGAUGGACGACGGCGGAGGGGUCUUGGAGCUACACACACAGGAGUUAAAGAUGCCUCACACCAUGAUCAUGCAAGACUUUGUGGCAGGAAUGAGGGGCCUGGCCCACAUCGACGGGGAUCACAUUGUGGUGUCCGUGCCAGAGGGCAUGCUCCUGUCUGACAUCAUGACGGACGAAGGCAUCCUGCUGGAGCACGGCCUGGAGGUGGAGGGCCUCGAGUCGGAGGUGGAGGUGGAAGGCCUAGAGACGGAAGUUGAAGGCUUUGGAGAGGAGCUGGUGGAGCUGGAGACACAGAUGGUUGAGUGCCUGGAGACGGAUGUGGUCGAGGGCCUGGAGACGGAUGUGGUCGAGGGCCUGGAGACGGAUGUGGUCGAGGGCCUGGAGACGGAUGUGGUCGAGGGCCUGGAGACGGAUGUGGUCGAGGGCUUGGAGACGGAUGUGGUCGAGGGCCUGGAGACGGAGGUAGAAGUGGAGGGCCUGGAGGCGGAGGUAGAAGUGGAGGGCCUGGAGGCGGAGGUAGAAGUGGAGGGCCUGGAGGCGGAGGUAGAAGUGGAGGGCCUGGAGGCGGAGGUAGAAGUGGAGGGCCUGGAGGCGGAGGUAGACGUGGAGGGCCUGGAGGCGGAGGUAGACGUGGAGCGCCUGGAGGCGGAGGUAGACGUGGAGGGCCUGGAGGCGGAGGUAGACGUGGAGGGCCUGGAGGCGGAUGUGGUCGAGGGCCUGGAGGCGGAGGCGGAAGUGGAGGGCCUGGAGGCGGAGGUGGAAGUCGAGGGCCUCGAGGAAGAGGUAGAGGUCCUAGAGGAAGACCUAGAGACGGAGGUGAUUGAAGGACCUGACAUCGGCCACGAGCACUUGCUGGGGGCCGAGGUGGCCAUCGAGGAGGCUAUGGACUCUCACCAUCACCACCAUGUUCUAACCUCAGACCUCAUUCAGGGCUCCGUCCACCAUCACCACCACCACAUGCCAGACCAGCUCUUUGUGGAGCACCAGGAGGAGGACGGGGUGGAGGGCUUGGACCAGGAGGUGAUGGUUGGGGAGGACGUGGGGCAGGAGGAGACAGUGAUCCAGGCCCACGAGGAGCUGGAGGUGAAGGCUGUCUCUCUGCAGACUGAUGAGGAGGAGGAGAAGAGCACCUCGGAGGACUACCUCAUGAUCUCCUUGGAUGACGUUGGUGAGAAGCUGGACAUAGGAGACACUCCUCUAGAGAUAACUACUGAGGUGCAGGACGACUGCUCCAACAAGGAGGGGUCAGAGGUCAUUAAGGUCUAUAUUUUCAAAGCAGAGGCCGAUGACGAUGUGGAGAUAGGUGGGACAGAGGUGGAGUCUGAGAGUGACUUCCAUAACGGCCACCAUGUUGUGCGGGAGUCUGGGGGAGGAGGCAGGCAUGGCCGGGGGGAGAAGAUGGUCUACAUGGCUGUGAAGGACCACACCCAGUCAGAGGAAGAGAUCAACAUGGCAGAGCAGGUGUACAUGGAGGUGAUUGUAGGAGAGGAGGAGGCCUCUGCAGUCCAGGAGAACCAGAUAGAUGACUCUCCGAACAGCAAGAUGUUUGUCCCAAUCUCCUGGGCUGCAGCCUAUGAUAACAGUCUGUAUACAGUGAAGAAUACAGGGACCAGGCCAUACCUUCAGAUCAGAGACAGCCAGGGUACCAGCAGAGCCCUCAAACAGAAGAUCAAGAAGAAGGGAGAUGCACGACAGUGCCAAACAGCUGUGAUCAUCGGUCCAGACGGCAUGCCGCUGACCGUCUACCCCUGUCACAUCUGUGGUAAAAAGUUCAGGUCACAAGGCUUCCUCAAGUGCCACAUGAAAAACCAUCCUGACCACCACCUCAAGAAGAAGUACCAGUGUACCGACUGUAACUUCACCACCAAUAAGAAGGUCAACUUCCACAACCACCUGGAGUCCCACAAGCUACUGGUCCAUCGCAGUGACAGAGACAGAACCUCUUCCACAAAGUACCCAGAAUACAACGGGACCACCCCAGACUACCCAGAAUACAACAGGACCACCCCAGAGUACCCAGAAUACAACAGGACCAUCCCAGAGUACACAGAGUACACCCGGCGUUACCACGAAGACAGCCAGCUAGGGUCUAACAAGCUGAUCCUGAGAGACAAGGAGUCCAAACUGCACCACUGUAAGUACUGUGACUAUGAGACUGCGGAGCAGGGGCUCCUCAACCGCCACCUACUGGCCGUUCACAGUAAGAACUUCGCCCACGUGUGCGUGGAGUGCGCUAAAGGCUUCCGUCACCCGUCAGAGCUCAAGAAGCACAUGCGGACCCACACGGGUGAGAAGCCGUACUGCUGCCCGCACUGUAACUUUCGCUGUGCAGACCAGUCCAACCUAAAGACUCACAUCAAGAGCAAGCACAGUGCUGACCUGCCUUUUAAGUGUAGCCACUGCCCCCAGGCCUACGCAGACGAGGGGGAGCUGCAGCUGCACACAGAGAUGGUGCAGGGCCACAAGACCCACCAGUGCCCCCACUGUGAACACAAGAGCACCAACUCCUCUGAUCUAAAACGCCACAUCAUAUCUGUUCACACUAAAGACUUCCCACACCAGUGUGACGUGUGUGAGAAGGGCUUCCACCGGCCCUCUGAGCUGAAGAAACACUCGGAGACGCACAAGGGCAACAAGGUGCACCAGUGCAGGCACUGUAACUUCACGACCUCUGACCCUUUCACUCUCAGCAGACACAUCCUGUCCGUUCACACCAAGGACCUCCCCUUUAAGUGUAAACGCUGCCGGCGAGGGUUCCGCCAGUCCACGGAGCUGAAGAAACACAUGAAGACUCACAGCGGGAGGAAGGUGUACCAGUGUCAGUACUGCGAGUACAACAGCCCGGACGCUUCGGGAUUCAAACGCCACGUGAUCUCGAUCCACACCAAGGAAUACCCCCACUGCUGUGGCUACUGUUCUAAAGGAUUCAGAAGGCCCUCGGAGAAGAGCCAGCACAUAGCCAGACAUCACAAAGACAUGCUGAUGGAACGAUGUUAAUACAAUGUUGACACAACGUUAGCCGGACAGACACAGACUGGCACCCACACUCCUCCCUCCUUAGUCUACGUAGACCCGUUUCACACGACAAAGGGGGAACACGUUUAAGCAGUUGAUAAGGAUGGAAUGGUACAUUUAGACUGCUAGUGAUGAUAACAUUCUGACUUAAUGCUUGUUCUCUUUCUCCACUGGUUGUAUAGAAUAGGAAUAGUUCUCCUCCCCCCCAUUCCCUCUCCCCCCCAUUCCCUCUCCCCCCCAUUCCCUCCCCCCCAGAUGUAAUCAAACUAAGCGUAUUGUGGAAGCUGUAGUCAGUUGGACGGUUGUAACACUCUAUGUAUUUAUUUUGCUGCAGAGAGAGGAUUCACCAUAUGAUGAACAUUUAUUCAGGGUCUCAAAUUAAGUCUAUUUUUAUACAUGUUGCAGUUGAAACUCUGGGGGGAAAAAAGACAGACUGUGUCCUCUAACUAAUAUAGGAAGUGGUUAUUUGAGAACGUCAUUCAGGCCUGUUGUUCUCUCUAUCUUACCAGACUGUAUCAAACUAGUGCAUACAGGAGAGCUGCAAUGCUCUGCUCUCCACUGUACCAACUACCAACUAGUAUCUCCAAACCUGGGUUCAAAUUGUUUUUGAAAUAUUUCUUAUACGUUUACCAUUUGCUUUAUCAGUGCCAGAUGGAAGGGGUUUGGACUGUUGCGAAUCUCUUGGUUCUAUUGUGCCAGGCAAGCCCAGCUAAGGUAUAUAUUUGAAAUAGUUUUUGAACCCAGGUCUUAGUAUCCUCCCAAUAAUCUGCUUUUUACCCUAGUACCGUUUGUUUUAAAGGCAAUCUGUGAGGUCAUAGGUCAGAGUGGAACAAUGUUUACACAAGCACCUUAACCUACGAGCUACGAAACCAACUCAUUUUUUUAAACAAACAGAACUUUGUUUCGUUUCUUAACAGUGCCGAUUUAUUAUUAAUUAAACUUGUUGAAUGUUUUGAUGUCAUGUUAGGUGGACAGAUGGUUCCGUUCUGUAUGUUUGGUAAAAACUCCAGCAGUUUUCACCGCAGUUUUUUUUUACCUUGUUGUGAAUGCCACUGUAAGAUUUGUAUAUGAUGUGUACGUGUCAUCACAUAGAACACAGAUGUGGUCACACAAGCCAACCAUCCGAUGGUAAUCAUGUCUUACAUGUUCUGUUUCUCCUUGUGCACUGAGCUCUGCUAAAACAGAAAUCUGAAACGUAAAGUGAUUUUAAGUCUCAAACGUAUGCCGUGUAAAGUACCAUUCUCUAAGAGAUUAUGUAUGUUUGAGUCGGUAGAAAGCACUUUAUUAUUUUGUUAAUUUAACAUGUAUGCAAAGGGUGUAUAAUUUAUAUUCCCUGAAUAUAAGAGACAAUAUGAGUGGUGGAGAGAGAGUUUGGGGUAUUUCAGGACCUUCUAUAGGUGAUACGGUAGUGACCGGUAUUCAUCAAAAUGUAUUGUCAAUAGAAAGAUGUCUGAUGAACUGUUCUGUUUUGAAAGCUCAUAGGUAAUUGGUUGGUCUUUCUGUUGAGAUUUCUGCUCACUGGUAUCCAGCAACCCCACAGUGACUGGGCUACACACACACCUUGAAUACAACGGUUGAGAGAUUGGCAAUGGAGUCUUAAAGUAUGCACAUAAUAUGCUGUCCAUGAAAAAUCAAUUGUGGUAAAAAUUAAUGCAUUUUCUUGUACUUUUGUUGUCAAAUUUUCUUUGUCUGAUUGUUCAGAAACUACUGUUGAGGAGGAACCAAAAUAAACAAUUAUCUUUUUA